CACACUCACACUCCUCCUCUUGCUUCCUCCCCCCUUGCCCAGAUGUACAACAUUUUCCCCUCCUUCCUGGACUGGAUCCCCGGGCCCCACCACCGCAUCUUCAGGAAUUUCCAGAAGUUACAGGCUUUCAUUUCCGAGGAGAUCAAGAAACACAAGGAGAGCAGACAGCCUGAGGAACCCCGAAACUUCAUUGACUUCUUCCUGGGCCAGAUGGAGAAGGAGAAGCAGGACCCCGGGAGCCACUUCUAUGAGGAGACCCUGGUGAUGACGACCCACAACCUCUUCUUUGGGGGGACGGAGACCACGAGCACCACCAUCCAUUACGGACUCCUGAUCCUGCUCAAGUACCCCAGCGUGGCAGAGAAGAUCCAGGAGGAGAUUGACAGCGUGGUGGGUCGGGAACGGCCCCCCUGCCUGCAAGACAGAGACCAUCUGCCCUACACGAAUGCUGUCAUCCACGAGAUCCAGCGUUUCAUCAGCGUGGUACCGAUGGGUCUUCCCCACGUCCUCACCCAAGACACCCACUUCCGUGGUCACUUCCUACUCAAGGGUACCACCAUCAUUCCACUGCUGAUCUCGGCCCACCGGGACCCGGCCCACUUCAAGGACCCAGAAAACUUCAACCCCAACAACUUCCUGGAUGACGAGGGCAACUUCCAGAACAACGAGGCCUUCAUGCCUUUUGCUCUAGGAAAGCGCAUCUGUCUCGGGGCAGGCCUGGCGCGGAUGGAAAUCUUCCUCUUCCUCACCACCAUCCUGCAGCGCUUCACCCUGCACUCUGUCAAGAGGCCCGAGGAGCUUGAUCUCUCUCCCAAGUCCACAGGCCUGGGCAACGUGUCCCCGCCCUAUGAGCUCUACCUGAAGGUCCCUGGGCCCAGCAGGGACUCAUCCCACCCAACUCCCCCCACUCCUUGUCCUGGGCCCCCAAAUUUGGGGCAAAAGGCUCAUUCCGUGGAGUUGCGGGGGUGGGGGGAGGGUCCAUGGAGAAAGCUGCGGAAUUGGGCAACUUUAGGCGCUCCCCUGCCCCUCCAGGUCUCCAAAAAAACCCCCCUUUGGUUCCUGGGGCCACCUCCAUUCAAGAGCCAAAUCCCAUAA